CCAACCGAGCUAGCUAGCAGAAAUUAUGGCAGCUUUCUUGGUAAAUUGCCUGGGAGUGUAUUACUAUUAAGCAAUUUUCGAAUAAAUUUGUUACUGAAUUCGGAAACAAUUACGCAUUGGAAGGCUUACGAAGGAUCAUAAUUUAGCAGCUAUGGCCGAUGAGGAGACGAAGGAGGUAGUUUCUCAGAAAAAGGAUAUAUUUGCUGACAAUAUGCCUGCAUCGGCGAACGCCUCGACGAAGGUGAAGUUCGGAAUUUUGAUAGGGUUGAUGGAAGUGAAGGAAGUUACAGACAGGGAUAUUUUUGAUACAGUUUUCAACCUGCUUGUUGGAGGCGAAUUUGACCUUGAGUGUUCUUUUAUCAUUGAUGACCCUGAAAAUGUCAAUCAUCUACUCGAGCUCAUGGGCCACUGUCAAGUCACAUUACAGGCUGAGAUAUGGAGUAUGUUUUGUGGCAUUGUUCGUCGAAGCGUGUUAAAUUUACAAGCCUGUACGAGCGUUGGUUUGAUUGAGAAACUGUUAAACCGUUUACCCCACUCAGAGGAAAUUAUAUCAGAAUUACUUGUAGAGAUUAUAGGCGUACUUGCAAAUUAUAGCAUAUCGGUAAAAGAACUAAAGAUACUCUUCAAAAGCCUCAAAGGGGACGAUGGACAAUGGCCAAAAUAUUCAACCAAGUUGUUACAAGUACUGCGACAAAUGCCUUGUAGACAUGGACCCGAUGUUUUCUUCAACUUUCCUGGUACUGUCGGAUCAGCAAUUGCGCUACCGCCCAUGUCAAAAUGGCCGCAUCAGAAUGGAUUUACCUUCACCACCUGGUUUCGUCUCGACCCUGUUAGUAAUAUUAACGUGGAUAGGGAUAAGCCUUAUCUCUUCUGCUUCCGAACCGGUAAAGGUGUUGGAUACUCAGGUCACUUCAUGGGGUCGUGUUUAGUAAUUACGUCUGUGAAAGUGAAAGGAAAGGGAUUCCAACACUGUAUCAAGUUUGACUUUCAACCACGGAAGUGGUAUAUGGUUUCUGUUGUGCACAUUUACCACCGAUGGAAAAACAAUGAAAUCAGAUGUUUUGUGAAUGGAAAACUUGUGUCUUCUGGUGAGAUGCCUUGGCAUGUAAAUGUCAACGAGCCGUUCGACAAAUGUUUCCUUGGUGCAGCGCCCUCUGCCGACAAAGAGAGAACGUUCUGUGGCCAACUGGCAUGUGUUUACCUCUUUAGUGAAGCUCUAACACAACAGCAAAUUGAAGCUAUCUAUCUAAUGAGCCCGAAUUAUAAGAAUCACUUCAAGUUCCCAUCUGAGAGUGACGUCAGCUUGUCAGAUGGCCACAAGAAGGUGCUGUACGAUGGUAAGCUAAGCAGCGCCAUAGUGUUCAUGUACAACCCAGCAGCUACCGAGAGCCAGCUAUGCCUUGAUUCUUCGCCGAAAGGCAACCCAUCAUACUUUGUGCACUCCCCUCAUGCACUUAUGGUUCAGGAUGUCCGAGCCAUCGUAACCCACUCUAUCCACAGUACUCUACACUCCAUUGGUGGCAUUCAAGUCUUGUUUUCUCUGUUUACACAACUGGAUUUCGAAACAACUGCUGGUAGCAUUGAUGAAAGCGCCUGUAUGACCUUGUUGAAUUUGCUAAGUGACCUGUUGAAAGGCUCGCUAUGUACUCAACAGCAGAUGUUACAAAGCAGAGGGUUUGUGGUACUGGGUCACUUGUUGCAAAAGACAUCCAAUGCCCACUUCACAGAUGAGGUGUUAGAAUUAUUUAUUGACCUUGCGAAGUACUUCAACACCUUACCCACUGGCAGUGCAUUGCUUAGGAACAUAGUGGACCACAUACUGUUCAACCCCAACCUCUGGAUUUACACCCCGGCUAAGGUUCAGAUAUCAUUGUACACAUUCCUUGCAACUGAGUUUGUGAACCAAACCGUGAUUUAUACCAGUAUCCGACGUGUUAGUACUGUUCUACAAUUGAUGCAUACACUAAAGCACUACUACUGGGUUAUCAAUCCAGAAGCUCGCAGCGGGAUCACACCAAAAGCAGCUGAUGGCACUAGACCAAGUUUGGAAGAAAUGAAGACAAUUCGUGGUCUGUUGAUUCAGAUUGCUAAACUGCUGAUCCUGCGAGAAAAAUCGGCUAAUGAUGAUGAGUUGCAAAGUGUGUUGAAUUUCCUCAGUACAGUGCAUGAGGAUGAGAAUAUUCGUGACAUUCUGCAAUUAUUGUUAUCAUUGAUGGUGGAGAACAACACAAACAUGGCAUCAGCCUUCGAUAAGAAAAAUGGAGUUAAAGUUGUUUUCAAGCUUCUAGCCUCUGAAGAUGAACACAUCAGAGCAAUGGCGCUUAAGGUACUGGCACUCUUCCUCAGCAGGACACCUCAUAAGAAUAAGAUGGAUCUUCUACUUGGCCACAAUCUUUACUCAUUGAUUGGUGAAAGGUUAACAUUAAACACAAAUGAAAUUACACUUACCAUGUACAAUGGUCUCUUUGAGAUUUUGACAGAGAGAGUGACAAUGCAAGUACAGACAGCAAGACACACAGAACCUGACAAGACCUACAGGAUUAUGAAUCCAGGGAUGUUCCAAGUGAUCGCAAAGUUACUACGGCAGUCAGCUCCGAGUCUGAAUGUACAGAAUGUGAAACGUCUCUUUCUGUCAGACAUGAUCUUGUUGUUUAACCACAGUAGAGAAAACAGAAGGAUUUUACUUCAAUGUAGUGUGUGGCAGGAUUGGAUGAUCAGUCUGUCGUACAUUUACCCACAGACAGAUGAAGAAAAGAAAAUCAGCGAGAUGGUUUACUCUCUGCUACGUAUGCUGCUUCACCACGCCCUAAAGUAUGAAUGGGGUGGAUGGCGUGUGUGGGUUGACACCCUCUCUAUCAUUCAUUCCAAGGUUUCUUUUGAGAACCAUAAGCUUGAGUUGUUGAAGGCCUAUGAACGAUAUCAGAGGCAAGGUGUGAACAGUCCAGGUGGCGCACUCUCAGUCUCCGCUGUAAUGGAUGACACCUCAAACCAACGUCCAGGUGAAACCUACAGUCUCCUGUCAGCCAUGGCUGGUGGGUCUGGUGAUGGUACUGAAGUCCAAGUGAAUGAGGCGACUGACGAUGACUCUCUUGAAGCUGGCAGUGGAGGUGAUGCACAGCCAAAGGUGGAUAAUGGUGAUCAGACACCUGAGAAAAGGACCGAAAAUGAAAGUCAGGAGAAUGAAGAAAGUAAUGAAUUAACAAAUAAGAGUAAACAGACCAAAGCAAAUUUGGAUGUACCUGCUAAUCAGAAUCCAUCUGCUGCAGAGUCCCCUGCACAGGUGAAUCACCUUGGCGAUGAAGCAGGGCAGGGUCAAAUUGGCCAGCCCCAUCCAGGCCAGUACUUCAGUCCAGGACCACAUAGGGCUCCAUACAGGAUACCCGAGUUCAAGUGGUCGGUGAUGCAUCAGAGAAUGAUGUCUGAUUUGUUGUUUGCAAUUGAAACAGACAUACAAGUGUGGAGAAGUCACAACAGCAAGACAGUCAUAGACUUGGUCAACUCUGCGGAGAAUAUUGUCUUUGUGCAGAAUGUUACCCAGUUGGUUUCGCAAAUCUCUGACAAUUUAAUUUACGCCUGCGGUGGUAUUCUACCCCUCCUGUCCACAGCCACUUCCAGAUCUAAUGAGGCAGAUGUCAUUGAACCAACCCAAGACCUCCCCCUGGACGUUGGAAUUACAUUCCUAAACAGGAUCAUCAAUCUGGUCGAUGUACUGGUGUUUGCAAGCAGUCAAAACUUCGGAGAACUAGAGGCGGAGAAGAACAUGUCAAAGGGGGGUAUCCUAAGGCAAUGUCUACGACUGUCUUGCUAUUGCGCUAUCAGAAACGUCCUGGAAUGUCGGUACCGGCAAAGCCCGGCAUCCAGUGGGGCAAGUAUACGUAGCGGGCAACAGGACCAAGACAGUCCUGGCCAACGACUACAGAGCGUUAUAAACGCAACACAUCCAUCUCCUAAGUUAUUCAGCAUGAAGAAAUCUUCGAGUGUAAAGCGACACAGGACAACGCGUUUCCACCAUUUGAAUAUGAAAGCGUCGUCUUUCGACGCAAGAUCUAGCCCUAAUAUAGUGGAUAACCUGACAGGACCGAUGUCUCCUGUACGUGAAAUUGAACGAUUGUUGCAAGAUAUGGAUAUACACAGGUUGAGGGCGGUAGUCUAUAGGGAUGUUGAGGAAAGCAAGCAAGCACAGUUCUUGUCUCUGUCCAUUGUAUACUUUAUCUCAGUGCUGAUGGUGGCACGCUAUCGUGACAUUAUUGAAAGAGAAUCUGGUGGAAGGCGAAGCAGAAGUGCAACUGGGUCUAUCACAAGUCAGGAUUCCUUUUCUUCUCCAAAGAAAAAGAAUAAAAUUAUAGAACCAGGACAUGAGGUCAAGGAACCAGUAGUAGUUGUCAAGGAACCUGUAGUAGAUGUCAAGGAACCCGUACCUGAUGUCAAGGAACCAGUACCAGAAGUUAAGGAACCAGCAACAGAAAUACAGAUGUCUGCUGUGUCAGAUUCCACUUUGAAUGGUGAAGCUGAAGCCCAUGUGGAAGGCAACGUAGAUGAGAAUACUGUUGAAAAGGUUGAAGUAAAUGAUGUGGACAUUGAAGUGAAGGAAGAAAAGACAGAUGCAAAUGAACAGGGAAGUGAAGUACCAAAAGAGAAAGAAGAUGAUGAUUUAGCUGUUGAACAAACAGAGGUCAAUGAAAACGAAAAUGUUGGCAAAAACCAAGAAUCUGGGGACACCACAGUUGACACAAGUGAUCAAGUUGAAGCUGAAGUGUCAACUGAUUCAAAAGCAGCUGAGGCAGAAGAACCUGUUGAGGAUGGCACUCCAGUAGUUGAUUCAGAGAUAGACUUGGAACAGCAGCCAGAUGUUGUUACAGAGGAGAGUGAUAUCACCAAUGCAAAAGAUGUUCCAGAGUCUGAUGUUAACAAGGAAUAUGAGAAUGUAGACGCUGAUAAAAACCUUGUUGAACCUGCUGAUGAAGAUCAAGCAGAAGCUUCAGAGCAUAGUAAAGAAUCUGGUGCAACAGAGGUAGAAGCCACCAGUCAGAAAACUGCAGAUGAUACAGUGCCGGAAGAUCAAAAGCAGCCAGAUGAAACAAAGGCUAAGACAACUGAAGAUUCCUCAGAACCAGUUCCAGAGGAAGAGACAAUAGGUGCAGCAGAAGCUGCAAAUUCUGAUUCUAAACCAGAAGAUGUUGAUGAGAAGGCAGAAACUGAUGAAAAGACGGAGACACAGCCUAAUGGUGUAUCAGAUGCUGAAUCUGCAGCUACACAUGAUGCUCCAGACAAAGUUCCUAGUGCCUCAAUCUCAUCUAUCGUCGUCCAAUCAGAUGAUAAAACAGCCAGUCAGACUUGGCCAUGGACAGGCAGUGCUAAUGAAGGUGAUGGAAAAGGAGAAGUAGCUGCUGGUGACCAGAUGCAUCCGGAAGGUGCUGCCAUCCAACCUGUACCCUUUCCUGUGCCAUCUCCUCAUGCCAUGAUGACGUCGAGCCAGGAUGGUAAUUCUGCUGUUAAUGGUGCUUCCUACCAUGAAGGAAACAACAUGUACAGUGGCAUGGGAGUAGAGGAGAAGCUGACCAGAUCUCUGGAGACUUCAGCACCUCUUCUACGAGAGAUAUUUGUUGACUUUGCUCCUUUUCUUUCUAAAACCUUGCUUGGAAGCCAUGGACAGGAACUGCUCAUUGAAGGCCUGAUCAGUAUGAAGUCUUCAAAGUCAGUUAUUGAACUUGUCAUGAUGUUGUGCUCACAAGAAUGGCAGAACUCCAUCCAGAAGCAUGCUGGCCUAGCAUUCAUUGAGCUUAUUAAUGAGGGCAGGCUUUACUCUCACGCCACCCGAGAUCAUUUGUUAAGAGUCGCUAAUGAGGCAGAGUUCAUUCUAAGCCGCCAUCGAGCGGAAGAUGUUCAGAAACAUGCUGAAUUUGAGUCUUUGUGUGCUCAGAAUGCUCUUGAACGUAAAGAUGAGGAAAACAUGUGCGAUCACCUGAUCACAGCAGCCAGGAGGAGAGACUACAUCUAUGCAAUGCAGGCUCUGCAGAAGGCACUUGACAUGUUGAGGACCAAACAUGGAGCCUGGGGAAACCCAGACGAAAGCCCACUAGAAUUCUACAAGUUAGAUAUGUGGGAAGAUAAUUCCCGGCGUCAUCGCCGUCUUAUCCGCAAUUCUGAGGGAUCCCAUCAUGAGGAAGCAGCGUUGAGGGCAGCUAUUGAACAUUCCCAACCUGAAGAUAUUGUUGAGAAGGCUAAGCAAGCCCUGCAUGCCCAGCUGGCAGCAAAGAGGCCAAACCUGCAACAAAAGGAAGGGGAGGAAGAAGCCUUGAACCCAGAAGACAAAGAUCUAGAUGUUGAGAGUGAACUUGAAGGUGCUAUUGUUUAUAGUACAAAGUGUUCCUUGGUUGCUCCCUGCGUGGUGGUGAAAGGAACAUUAUCCAUCACCUCCUCCGAGGUUUACUUUGAAGUAGAUGAGGAUGAUGACCAGUAUAAGCAGAUGGAUUCUAAGGUAAGAGUUACAAUUCAUCUAUUCUUGUCAUUUUUUAUUUUAGGGGUUGGGGGCGGUACAGUCACUUUCCAUGUAAAUCAGAUGUUAUGCUAUAUUUCUGGAUUUUAUAGCAGCUAAGGGUAGGGAACAUUGUGAGCAGCUGGGGGUGGGGGACCCAUGAGCAGAGGAUUCUCAAAGUUGCUGAGGGUAAUGCAUUAUCCGUGUGGCGUAACAUCCAGGCAGCUUCGGGUCGAGGACAAGUAAGCAGCUGAAGGUAGGGAUACCUAGUAAACUGUGGGUGAAGAUACUUGAGCCCCUGUGGGUGGGGAUACUUGAUGAACUGGAAGUGGGGACAACUUGUCACAUCUAAACACAACAGUGACCCUAAUCAACACUAUUGUUAGCCAACAGAAUUUAACAAGACAAUGUAUAUAGUGUGUAACAAUGAGGCACUGAUUAACUAUCUAAAGUGAGUUAUUAC